GAAGCCAAAUGAAGGUCUAAGAAAGAACAAAUUCGUAUGGCUCUAAUUUUCUCACACUUUCCCUUUUCUCUCCCCUCAAAAACAUCACCAUUUUGCCAGACUUCUCUUCUAUCAUUACCCAAUUUCAGAUUUCCUACAUCAACUCUUACUCGUUGUUGUGUAGGAUCGUCAUCAAUGAACAGUGAUGGACGGCCAGGAUUCAAGGACUUCCCUUACGCAUCACCACCUAUCAAAGAUCUGAUGAUUGAUUUGAUAUCAACGGUUGAGAAUCGCCUUGAUUCAUUGCUACUACCAUGUACACUUCCACAGGAUGUUCAGUACUUAGAAAACCAAUGUGGGACCGCCCAUGCUUCUCUUCUUCUUCGCUCUGGUGCUCCUUCUUCUUCGAUUGACUUCAUACUAAGUUCUUGGUUACAUUGUGAACUACCAACAGGAGCAGCUUUAAACAUCACAAGUUUAUCAUCUUACAUGAACAACUCAACCGAUGCACCCCACUUGGUGAUUGAGUUCAUCCAAAGUAGUCCCACAUCUUUGGUUCUAAUCCUCGAUUUACCUCCUCGAAAGGACCUGAUCCUUCACCCUGAAUACCUGAAGACAUUUUAUGAAGAUACAGAACUAGAGAAGCAAAGGCAGGUCCUUGACAAAAUCUCUGAAGCUCAACCUUAUGUCUCCCCGUCCCUUUACAUUCGUUCCGUCUUCUCUCCUACUGCAGUUGUGCUUCGUGUAGACACUUCCUCAAGUGGAGGAGACAGGUUGGAGCAGAUUCUGAGGGACGAUGUUAGUAAUGUGGCACAAGAGGUGUUGAACAUAUGGUUAAGCUUAUGCGCAUUAGACGAAAAACGAGAUGUUGGAGAUGAUGAGAAGGCUUGUUUGAAGAAGAGGGAUAGCUUGUUUAAGAGUAAGGGUAUUGAGACUGAUAUUGGAUCUAGCUUGCCUAGGAUGUUCGGUCAAGAAAAAGCUGACCGUGUUUUAGAAGUUCUACAAGCUGUUUUGUAGUCACCGUAAAUCAAGAAAGGUUUGUUUGUAAUCAAUUGAGCACAGACAUUGUAUUGAUAACUUUUUUCUAGGAUUA